GACGAGGGGCGGGCGGGCCCCGGCUCGCAGAACCAGGAGUUCGGGCCGCCCAGCAGCUAAGCGCUUCCCCCACCACUCCUCUCCUCUACCUCCACCAUACCCCGAGGGACACUGUCCCCGCUCUGCCUUCCCCAAUCCCAGGAUCUCUGGAACCCAGCUCCCAACCCCCUAGCCCAGGGUUGGGGAGGUCGGCAAGGGACCGAAAACCCGACCUUUUCUGAUCUUCCCUGGAUUUUCUUCCCCCUUACUCGAGACCGAGUGGAUCCAUCCUCCUCCUUCCUAAGGAUUCCGACCUAAUUCCCUCCUGUUCAGAGGAUUCAGCGUGGGGCCUUCCCGACAGCCCUCAGAUCCCUUAGGAUCUCUGGAGACUAUCCCCCCCCAUCCCUGAUCCCUCAGGAUCCGUGAGAUCCGCCACCUUCUCCCCAUUUUCAAUUCUUCCUCAAUCAAGUCCUAUCGGGAGACGCCCCCAGCCCAAUUCGAAUAUCUCCGGGGAUCCAGCGGUCUCCAAUCCAUCGUACUCUACCCCCGCUGCGGGAUUCCUGGUUCCCAGCCCCCUCCUAGGCGGGCAUCUGCUUCUCCUUUCCCUGGCCUCGUACCCUACCUCUCCUCUCCCAGGGAAUCGACUGGAUCCCGGCCCGCCCCCGGGGCUUGGGGUAAUCCCCCUCCCCAGUAGGGUGAGGCGCUGUGGGCGGGGGCCCGGUCUGCCGGGUUUGGAGGCUCUAAGGCCCCUGCACCCCUAAGGACCCUGUCUGCCUUCCUCCUCCCCCACUCCGAGCCCCAGAUGGAGAAGCCACGGCCCCGGGGUUGAGGCAGAACCUCCACGGCGCCCUCCCAGCCAUCAUGCUCCCGGUCUGGUUCACGGACAACCUGGAGGCUGCCGCUGGCUACGUGCAGAACCAGAGUGAGGACUGUCUGUACCUCAACCUCUACGUGCCCACCGAGGAUGGUCCGAUCACAAAAAAACGUGACGAGUCGACGCUCAAUCCGCCCCCGCCAGACACAGACAUCCGGGACUCGGGGAAGAAGCCGGUGAUGCUGUUCCUCCACGGGGGCUCCUACAUGGAGGGAACGGGGAACAUGUUUGACGGCUCGGUCCUGGCCGCUUAUGGCAACGUGAUUGUGGUCACGCUCAACUACCGGCUCGGUGUCCUCGGGUUCCUCAGCACAGGGGACCAGGCUGCCAAGGGUAACUAUGGGCUCCUCGACCAGAUCCAAGCGCUGCGCUGGCUGAGUGAAAAUGUGGGGCACUUUGGAGGUGACCCAGAGCGAAUUACCAUCUUUGGCUCUGGAGCUGGAGCCUCAUGUGUUAACCUGCUUAUUCUCUCUCACCACUCUGAAGGACUGUUCCAGAAAGCCAUUGCCCAGAGUGGUACAGCCAUUUCCAGCUGGUCUGUUAACUACCAGCCACUCAAGUACACACAACUGUUGGCAGCAAAGGUGGGCUGUAACCAGGAAGAAAAUGCUGAGGUCGUGGAAUGUCUUCGAAGAAAACCCUCUCGGGAACUUGUUGAUCAGGAUGUGCAACCAGCUCGCUACCACAUUGCAUUUGGUCCAGUGGUGGAUGGUGAUGUGGUCCCAGAUGACCCAGAGAUCCUGAUGCAACAGGGUGAAUUUCUCAACUAUGACAUGCUGAUUGGUGUCAACCAGGGUGAGGGCUUGAAGUUUGUGGAGGAUUCAGCAGAGAGUGAGGAUGGUGUAUCAGCUAGCGCCUUUGACUUCACAGUCUCUAACUUUGUGGACAAUCUCUAUGGCUACCCUGAGGGCAAGGAUGUCCUGAGAGAAACCAUCAAGUUCAUGUACACAGACUGGGCUGACCGGGACAAUGGUGAAAUGAGGCGGAAGACGCUCUUGGCUCUCUUUACUGACCACCAGUGGGUGGCCCCAGCCGUGGCUACUGCAAAGCUUCAUGCUGAUUACCAAUCACCUGUCUACUUCUAUACUUUCUACCAUCAUUGCCAGGCAGAGGGCAGGCCUGAGUGGGCUGAUGCAGCUCAUGGUGAUGAGCUGCCCUACGUGUUUGGGGUGCCCAUGGUGGGUGCCACGGAUCUCUUUCCCUGCAACUUCUCCAAGAAUGAUGUCAUGCUCAGCGCUGUUGUCAUGACCUACUGGACCAACUUCGCCAAGACUGGUGAUCCCAACCAGCCAGUUCCCCAGGAUACCAAGUUCAUCCACACCAAGCCCAACCGCUUUGAGGAGGUCGUGUGGAGCAAGUUCAACAGUAAGGAGAAGCAGUACCUGCAUAUAGGCCUCAAACCCCGAGUCCGGGACAACUACCGUGCCAACAAGGUGGCCUUCUGGCUGGAGCUGGUGCCCCACCUCCACAAUCUGCACACUGAACUCAUCACAUCCACUACCACCCGCCUACCACCCUAUGCUACGCGCUGGCCCCCUCGUCCACCGCCUGGGGCCACGGGCACCCGCCGGCCCCCACCACCAGCCACCACUGCGCCUGAGCCUGAACCAGACCCAGGGCCUAGGGCCUAUGACCGCUUCCCAGGGGAUUCACGGGACUACUCCACAGAGCUGAGUGUCACUGUGGCUGUUGGUGCCUCCCUUCUCUUCCUCAACAUCCUAGCCUUUGCUGCCCUGUACUACAAGCGGGACCGGCGACAGGAGCUACGAUGCCGGCGGCUCAGCCCACCUGGUGGCACAGGCUCUGGAGGGCUUGGUGGGGGCCCCCUGCUCCCCACAGCUGGCCGGGAGCUACCUGAGGAGGAAUUGGUGUCCUUGCAGCUAAAGCGGGGUGGUGGUGUAGGAGGGGACCCAGGAGAGACCCUUCGCCCAUCCUGCCCACCUGAUUAUACCCUUGCCCUUCGUCGGGCACCGGACGACAUGCCUCUCCUUGCCCCUGGCGCCCUGACCCUGCUGCCAAGUGGUCUGGGUCCACCCCCACCCCCUCCACCCCCCACCCUCCACCCUUUUGGGCCCUUCCCUCUGCCUCCCCCAACCACUGCCAGCCACAACAACACGCUACCCCAUCCCCAUUCUACCACCCGAGUAUAGGGAGCGGCAUUGGGAGAGGGAGUGCACACCGCUCAGCUCUCCCCAAACCAGACAGGAAGGGAGACUCAACAAUGAUCAUGGAGUCUAGGGGUUGGGUUGAGAAGAAUUGUGGGUGCUGGGAUGCCCACCCAAGCAUGUCAAAGCACCUUAUUAAGGUGGACACAAGUUUCCUCAUCAAGAUGUGCGCACUCUGUCCAUGGAGAUAUGUUUUCUUAUCGGGACAUCUGCCUUUAGACUUGUUGUGGGAUGACUUUUCCUACUGGGACACAGGUCUUAUGGUGUGUGGAAGUGUGUUUUCACAUUUAAGGCCUGCUUUUUCACAUGGAGGUAUCCUUUCCUAUAAUGGGGCAUGUUUUCCCAUGUUCAGAGUGUGGAUUUUUUGGGCCACCCUGGACACAUUUUGGCCCUCUCAAGGAAAUUCCUUCCCAGGUUUGGACCCCAGAAUCCUGACCUCUCACCCACUAAAGGAGACCUUGGAAGCUGGCAUUUUUACACCUGUCAAUGUAAGGUUGGAAUGCCUGUCGACCCAAGGGGAGGUGAUCACAGGGACACACAGUGAACCAUGUUUUUCCUAAUGGCAUUGGUCUGAUUGAAGCCUGUUCUCCUGUGUAGGCAUGAGUCUUCCACAUGUAGGCACAGACUUACCAUUGGGUGGGAGGGAGAGGAAUGGUUCUAUAUGGACCCAUGCUGCUUGUGAGCAUCAGACAUGCGGUUUCCCAUAUGGACAUGUCAUAUGAGGAAAGUAUGUUUCCUGUGUGGACAUGUUACUGCAUGUGGAUGUGUGUUUUUCCAUCUGGAUGCCCUUGUCUGCCCAGGACUCCCCUAAUCCCCAACCCCUAUCCCCAGUGAACUGGCUCCAGUCCUAAAUUCCUCCCUGGACAUUGAAUAAGAAGAAAUUCAAGGCCAAGAGAAGCCAUGGGGAGUUAGCUGCAGACAACAUAAUAAAGUUGCCCUUUAUUUUGUACAAAUUCUAGGGGGUGGGGAGGAGAUACACACACCCCUUCCCACCCACAGAGAUGUUGAAGUAACAGGGGACUGGGGUGGAUGUGGGGACCAAGGUGGCGAUGCAUGUUUGACCAAAGUCCCAGACUAGGGUCUAGGGGGCAGUCCUCCCCCUACCCCUCUUACCAGCAUUCAUCUGUGCCAAACUUAAGGGUUUGAAGUGUGUCAGACCCUACCCCCAAGUGCCAAGGACUCUCUUUCCCAGGGAAGGGGGAGGGAGGGGGUUCUGGAGUCCAGUGAGAUAUAUGGGGUAAACAAAGCUAAGAAGUCCUAACUUUGUGCCCUUACCCAUCUCUCUCUCUGCCUCAGUUCCUCUUCUCUGAAAAUCAAUCUCUCUCUCUCUCUCUCUCUCUCU